AUGGCUCCUCAGACUGCGACCUCUAGCAUCGCGAUAGCGCUUGCUGGCAAGACCGCCUCCAUGGAUAUUCCUAAGCCUCGCACUGUUUUUCCUUCGGGAAGCACCAACUGUUCCUCUCGCCCUGGGCAGCUCGCAAUGCUGCCGACUCCUCCCAACUCCAUCUCGCCGGGUCUCCCGCCACAAGCCUUCAACAGGCAACCCGGCGCGAUCUCUCCCGUGUCGCCUCCCCUGGCUGCCACCCACGUGGAUUCGGACAUCGACUUGCAAGACUCUCGCGACCACCGGCACCAGCAGCAGCCACCUCAGGACUUGGACAGCGCCGGCGCCAUCACUCCCGGUAUGCUGGCCAAGUAUCACCUCCCGGAUAUCUUGCUCCAGCAGGGCCCCUUGGCUAUUCGCCACGUCAUGGGUUACCUCACCACCUCCGUCCCGGGCUUCUCCCGCAUCCCGCCAGCCAAGGCACGGAGAAUAGUCGUCGCGGCGUUGGAAGGCAAAGGUGGCAACAACGGCGCUGGAACCGAGGAAGCCGGUGGUCUAGACGGUGAAGUGAUCUUUGAGAAAGUGGGCUGGGGUCGCUGGGAUGCGCGGCGCCGGGGUGAACCGCUGCGCGACCGCCAGCACAUGCAGUCGUCACCGCCAUCGAGUAUCUCGAAUUCCUUUCAGCAGCCCGGUUUGCAGAUCCCAGGAAUGUCCCCGUGGGCAAUGAAAAGGGGCAGUAUCAGCACCACCUACGGAACCAGCAUGGCCGGUGAUUCUGCGAUCUUCUCGCAUUCAGAGGAAAUGGACUACGGCCCGCACGAAGAUGUCAGCAUGCUGGAACAUGAAGCCGACAAGAUGUCUUUGGAUGGAGAUGAACGUGGAUACUGUUCCUCCGAAGCCCCCGAUGAUGAUGUUGUCCAAGAGGGCGAGUGGGAUGAAGGAGACGUGACCGACGAAGAAGACUGGGCGCAAAUCGGCGCCGACGCCCUGCGUGCCCGUUCUUUGACCGGCGGUGGUGGAUUUGUACAUACGAGUUUGGCUGCCCGGAUGGAGCAGCAACCACUUCGCCUGGGGUCCUCCUCCUCUACCUUGGUCAAAUCUGCACCGCUCCACAUUCCUGUCCAACAGUUUGGAUUUUCCCUUCCUGACGGCCUCGUUGGUGAUACCGAGGAGCGUGCAGCAGUCGAGGCCCUUUUACGACUGGGUUCUAUGUGA